GCAAUCAAUCAAAUUAAAUAAAAUGGCCUCUCGCUCUUCUCUACUCCUUAGUUCUUUACCAACUCUAUCUAAAAAGCUGUGUCGUGUGUUGUGAAUCGGCAAGUUUUGAGUUUGUUGUCAGUCAAUCAUGUUUCGCAACCAGUACGACAGCGAUGUCACUGUUUGGAGCCCACAGGGCAGACUCCACCAGGUGGAGUAUGCCAUGGAGGCAGUCAAGCUAGGUUCAGCAACCGUCGGCUUGAAAAGCAAGACACAUGCUGUGAUUUUGGCUCUGAAGAGGGCCUCUUCUGAACUGUCAGCUCAUCAGAAGAAAUUAAUUCCCAUUGAUAAUCACAUUGGAAUUUCUAUUGCUGGACUCACUGCGGAUGCUAGAGUCCUCAGCCGAUACAUGCGCACUGAGUGUCUCAACUACCGCUAUUCUCAUGAUGACGCUCUGCCAGUGUCAAGACUUAUCACUGAUGUUGGCAACAAGAUGCAAGUCUGCACACAAAGAUAUGAUCGCAGACCGUAUGGUGUGGGACUCCUGGUAGCUGGAUAUGAUGACAAUGGCCCUCAUAUCUACCAGACUUGUCCGUCGGCAAACUUCUAUGACUGCAAAGCAAUGGCGAUUGGAGCCAGGUCUCAGAGCGCUCGUACAUAUUUGGAGAAGAAUCUGGACAAGUUUGCUGAUUGUGACGUUGAGGAGCUGGUAAAGCACGGCCUAAGGGCUCUGAGAGACACUUUGCCCAACGAAGUUGAGCUUAGUACCAAGAAUGUUUCAAUUGGUGUGGUUGGUGCUGGCUUGGAUUUCACCAUCUAUGGUGAGGAAGAAAUGUCCCGGCUUUUGACUGCCAUUGAGGGAGAAGAGCGUCGCGGAGGUGCACAAGCUGCAGCGGCUGCCGCAGCUGCUGAGCCUGCCCAACCACCUGCAGCAGAUCCUGCUGCUCCUCAGGAAGAGGCCAUGGACACAGAUUUCGGAAAUUAAAUUUAAAUCAUUAAAUUUACAAUUAAUUAAGUUUCAAGUUUUCUACUUUUGAGCAUUAUAUGUAUUUGGCCUUUAAGUUAAUAAAAUUGGAAUGCUAACUUAACUA